GCCCCGUGCACGAAUAAAAAGCGCGCGACAAGACGCGCCCCAUCUCGCUCGCCCGCAGUCCCCCAGCGGUGGCGCACAGGCUCAGAGCGGCGGCGAUGAACCACGCAUCUCUGCUGCCGCUACUGGGAGCGCUCUGACUGGCAGCCCGCCGUUAAAUAAUAACACUUGAUUCAUCGUCACCAUAAUAAUAUUAAUAUAUACUGUGCUCUCGAUAUAUUUCCGUGAGCGAGAGGGAGAGCAAGGCAGAGAGGGUAGAGAGAUCGGGAUGGGGCAAGCGUGCGGACAUUCCCUGCUCUGUCGAAGCCAUCACUACCACCAGACGGACGAGGCGAGGGGGCGGCAAGCGUUCGCUGCAGCGGCUGCGGCGGCUGCGGCGGCGGCUUCUGGAGAGAGGAGAGCGGUGGAGGCUGCCGAGGGGGAUGCCGAGCCGCACCUGCCCGACUGCCUGCAGGAGGCUUUGCUGCGCCUGGGCGGGGUGGUGGAUGAACGUUCUCUGCGGAGCGCGGUUGUCGAGAUCGUCCGUCUCGUGAUUCCACACACGGAAAAAGUAUUUGUUUACCUCCGAGACCCCGACACCGGCGAGCUGCGCUGCUGCGACCCACCUCACCGGCUCCCAGACGAUGUCUCCGUCAGGGAGGCGGUGGACAGGGGAAGCCGCACCGAGUGCCGCGGCCUCGAUCACGCCGACCGGAGGAGGGACGCGGCUCCCUCCCUCCUGUCGGAGCCUCUGCCCGACGGCAAGAGAGUGAUCAUCGUGCCAGUGAUGGACAGCUCCGAUCAAGUGGCCCUCGUGGUGCUGGCGCUCUGCGAGCAGCUGUCGCCCAUGGAAGACGCGUCGCUUUCGUUCCUGGAGAAGCACGUUGCCGUUUGCUACAAUCGGAUGGCCGCGGUUCCUCGCCCCUCAGCGCAGUCCCACAAGGGCCUCCCUUGUACCCAGAAUUCUCUGCCAAAAGCCAGACUGACCAAUCGGUGCCAGGCAGGGGACGACAAUGACUCGGCAGACCACAAGAUCUUGCAGCUCUGCGGGGAACUUUAUGACCUCGACGCGGCCUCCCUUCAGCUGAAGGUCAUUCAGUUUCUGCAGCAGGAGACGCAGUCCGAGUGCUGCUGCCUGCUGCUCGUCUCGGAGGAUGCCAACCAGCUCUUCUGCCAGGUUGUUGGCGACAAAGUUCUGGAGGAAGAAAUCAGCAUUCCGCUCAACUUCGGUCGUCUGGGAGUGGCGGUGGAAAACAAGAAAUCCAUCACGCUGAGAGACAUUAGUCAGGAAGAGCAAAACCACCUCAACUCACUGUUGGGCUUCCGUGUGAACUCCAUGCUCUCGGUGCCCAUCGUAGCCCGAGCCACAUCCCAGGUUGUCACCCUCGCUUGCGUCUUCAACAAGCUCCAUGGGCAGAGCUACACGGAGACGGACGAGCGCAAGAUCCAACACUGCUUCUGCUUCACGUCCACCGUGCUCACCAGCACCAUCGCCUUCCAGAAGGAGCAAAAGCUCAAGUUCGAGUGCCAGGCUCUGCUGCAAGUUGCCAAAAACCUGUUCACUCAUUUAGACGACGUGUCCGUUCUGCUGCACGAGAUCAUUCAAGAGGCGAGGAAUCUGAGCAAUGCCGAAAGGUGCUCCGUGUUCCUGCUCGAUCGCAGCAGCCAUGAGCUCGUGGCCAAGGUGUUCGAUGGCGGCGUCGUGAGCGACGAGAGCUAUGAGGUCCGCAUCCCGGCCGACCAGGGCAUCGCGGGCCACGUGGCCACCACCGGGGAGGUCCUCAACAUCAAGGACGCGUACUCGCACCCCCUGUUCUACCGCGGCGUCGACGACAGCACGGGUUUCCGUACGCGCAGCAUCCUCUGCUUCCCCAUCAAGGACGAGAACGAGGAAGUGAUCGGGGUUGCGGAGCUCUGCAACAAGAUCAACGGGCCGUGGUUCUCCAAGUUUGACGAGGACCUGGCCACGGCUUUCUCCAUCUACUGCGGCAUCAGUAUCGCCAACUCACUGCUGUACAAGAAGGUGGCAGAGGCACAGCAGCGGAGUCAGCUCUCCAAUGAGAUGAUGAUGUACCACAUGAAGGUGUCGCCAGAGGAGAUGAACAAGGUGCUCAACUCCAGGAUCCAGACGGUGACGGACAUCCACCCAGACUUUGCCAAGUUCACCUACACUCCACGCUCCCUGGGCGAGGACCAGACCAUUACGGCCAUCCUGGGCAUGGUUGAGGACAUGGGUUUCAUCAACAACUACAAGUUGGACCUGCGGACUCUGACCAGAUGGUGCCUGAUGGUCCGCAAGGGAUACCGCGAUCCUCCCUAUCACAACUGGAUGCACGCCUACUCGGUCUCCCACUUCUGCUACCUUCUCUACAAAAACCUCGAUCUGGGAAAAUACCUUCAGGACAUGGAAAUCUUUGCUCUGUUUGUUUCGUGUCUCUGCCAUGACCUGGACCAUCGCGGAACAAACAAUUCCUUCCAAGUGGACUCGAAAUCAGUCCUUGCUGCUUUGUACAGCUCCGAAGGCUCCGUGAUGGAGAGGCAUCAUUUCGCUCAGGCUAUCGCCAUUAUCAACUCGGCUGGAUGCAAUAUACUUGAGAAUCUUUCCAGAAAGGAGUACCAGAGGAUGCUGGACCUUAUGAGGGACAUAAUCUUGGCUACAGACCUCGCUCACCACCUCCGCAUCUUCAAGGACCUGAGGAAAAUAGCCGAUGCCGGGUACAAUCCGGACAACGGUCACCAGCACAGCUUGCUGCUCUGCCUGCUCAUGACCUCGUGUGACCUUUCCGACCAAACCAAAGGCUGGAAGACCACGAGGAAAAUCGCUGAGUUGAUUUACAAGGAGUUUUUCUCACAAGGAGAUCUGGAGAAAGCCAUGGGCAAUCGGCCGAGCGAGAUGAUGGACAGGGAGAAGGCCUACAUCCCUGAGCUACAGAUCAGCUUCAUGGAGCACAUCGCCAUGCCUCUCUUUAAGCUGCUCAAGGACAUGCUGCCGGGCGCCGCCGAGCUGUACGAGCGCGUGGCCGCCAACAAGGAGCACUGGAUGCGCGUGUCGCACAAGUUCACGAUCCGCGGGCUGCCCAGCGACAACUCGCUGGACUUCCUCGACGAGGACCUCGAGGGCAUCUUCGACAGCGGCGCCGAGGACGCCGGCGAGCAGGCGUCGAGCAGCCCCGUGCCAAAGCGGAGCCACAACGGCGUGGCGGCGGCGGCGGCGACUGCGACGGAGGAGGAGGAGGAGGAGGAGCGGGGGGAUGAGGAGGCGGUGCGCGGGCCUCGGGGCGGACCGCCGGGCAGCGUCAACGGCACGAGGGCCGGGGCCAGGGUCGAGGUGCCCCCCCAUCACCACCACCAGACGGGCAGAGAAAGUUGAACGGGGCAGCGUCGUAGAGCGGUGAAGACAGAAGAAGAAGAAAAAUGAAGAAAGUGUUACAACAGCAGCAACAGCAAAAGAGAGACAUUGUUCCGUGCGGGUGAUUUUUUUUUUUACAUGUAAAAAUAUAAGGAAAUAUCAAAAAGGACAAAUUACAAAGAUAUAAUAUAUUACGAUAUUAAUUCACAAAAAAUAUAGCCCGGUUUCUCCACCCCCCCCCCCCCCACCACAUUUUGUUCUCACUGCUGGAAAGGUGAAACGUCUUUCAUGCUUGUUGUCAUCGUUGUUUGGUCACGGUCGUGAAUAUCCCAGUGCUUUUCUUGCCAUGCCUUUAUAUAGAUUUUAUCGAGUGUGUGUGUGGGGGGGGGAGGGGUUUAAAACACGUUUGAAAAGGACACAUUUUGUGAACGAUGCACAUAUUUUUAUUUAUUUUCUAAAUUGCACACACGUCGCUACUCAAAGCAAAAUGUUGCGAGCUGGAAUUUGGGAUUUGUCUUUUGUGCUGAUAUGAUGCUUACAUGUAUCCGUGUACGUGUCUUUGAACAUUUUUAAACAAAGAUUUUUGGGAAAACAAUUCUCAUUUAAAAUAUAAAAAAUAUAUAUAAAAAAACACGAAAAACACUACCUAUGCAAUGUGAUAAUUUGUCAAUUGAGUGGCACCUAGGGACGACAUCCCAUAACACAGUAGGCAUCCCCCGAAACACGUCAUGGAAUUAGUGAAGGUGUUAAUGAGAUUGAAUCACAAUCAGAAGAAUAUGCGUGUAAAUACGUGUGUGUGUGGGUGGGUGCGGCGUGUAUUUGUGUAAAUUAUUGUGACAGGUCCGACCAAUAUUACAUCUCCCCCGUAUACCGGUUUCCCUCGCUUUAUGCGGUAGUCGUAGAUGCGUUCCAACAAAAGGACCGCACAAAGCGAGACCCCACAAGGAGACGGCUCUGCCGAGUAGCGCGCACAGUACACACACACACAUUACACACACACACAGUACACGCACAACGUUGUCCCACAUCCGCACCGCAUAGCGAAUUUUGGGUAUAAAUGGGUUCGCCGCAUAUCCAGCGCGAAAUCGCACAAACCGAACCCGCAUAGAGGGGGAGGGUGAACAUGUACUACUUUAAAGACUGUGGGAAGCUGCGGCAACGUGAUUCGUGCUACAAACGAGCCGCGUUCAUCGACUCUUAGCCAUGGCUUACAUCGGUGGCGAGUGGUGUCUCAACCAAUCCAUGGGCUCGGGCCUUAAGUGCGCAUCUUGUACCACGCGUGAACAUCAACACUGGGGAGACAAGAGCAGCGGGCCAUACUGCUGACCACACCACCCACAUAUGCACCAUGCCGAAUAUAAGUACCUUGAUAGGCACUUGCGAACAGCACUUGCCCCUACACUCUGUAUGGCUAUGCGGGUGAUAUUUGUAUAUACAUUACAUUUACUAUACAAGAACAAUGUGUAUACUUAAAAUUCAACUACGUAGAUUGUAAAGCUAUGGAGAAAUUCUGAAUCUGCAAUUAUUGACGUUAAAUUACAUAUUGAUAAUUUAAAACGAAAAACCAGACUUUCCAUUAAGGGUUGACUUUUCAGUUGUUAAAUUAUCUUUAUAUAGCAUUGUUUUUGCUGAACGUUAAUGUUUUAAUUCUAUCCGUUGAAGCCUGAAGUGGAUUAACCUGGUCAGGAAGGGGGUCCUCUUCAAGGGAGUGGCCUUUGGUGAGGGAGUGAUGUACUGGACAUCUGUGAACAAACUGGUUUAUAACCCAUCGGAUUCCUCCAGUUUGAAUAAAUAUUCUGAUUCUGAAUUCUUCGGUGGGGGGGGGGGGGGGCUUCAGUGAGUGAGGGGCUCCUUGCAGAGGGACGGGUCCUCGGAUGAUGGAGGGGUCUUUGGUGAGGGAGGUUUCCUCAGUGUUUCUGAUCAACGUGUUCACCAAGUGCCACUGCAGGCAUUUAUCCACUGAAAAAAUAAAAAUACGAAAUUGACUCGGAUUGCGCUGCUUUAACAUCACGUUUUUAAAUUCUGAGUUUCAGAAUCGUUGGGCAUGAUCUUGCGAUUCUGGAACGCAGAUGCGAUCUUAAACGUGCUUAUAGCUGUAUAUAAAUAUGGGCUAAAUAUUUUUAAAGUACAUUUCACGUGGCCAUGUGGAAGCUUUAUUUCACAUUUUUUUCCCAAAACUCUAGUUCUGUGUAGAUGACUGCUGCUUUACCUUUGAUGUUUUCUUUACCUUCAUGGACAUUAAACUCUUGUUUAUGGGAUUUGAUUUUUGCUUUCAGAAUGUAAGAACUGGCACCGGUGUUUGGCGGCAUGGGCAUUAGCAAUGCCAAGCGCGAUGUGACAUUUCUGCAGCAGCAAUUGAAAAGGAAAUGGGUUGGCGAAAAAAAAUCUACCUUAACUUGAGACAUUGACAAGCAUCUGACAGUUAUUGCAUCCAGAGACUUUUGUACCAUGCAGCGACAUUUGUAGUUGUGCAUGUUUCCUUUCUACCUUGAGCCCAAAGCUUUCCUCUUAAUGUCCCUGUACGGAAGAAAUAUGCUCAGAGUAAGUAUGUUGCAAUUAUGAUUGAUUGCCCGACGAUCUGGUUUUAGUUUUAGAAUACAAAUUUGUAAAAUGAAUAAUGACAACCCAUACAAAUGUACUGACGUGCUUUUGUGGAGAAUUAUGACGUAAUGCAUUCAAUAAACAAACAUCUGCUUGCCUCUCAACACAAAACAAAUACCUUUUAGUCCAUCAGACCAUUGGAUUUCUGAGCUAAUGUUGUUCAGCAUAAUACAUUUUAAAAGUCGAACUCUGCUGAUGAGUAACCACAAGGUCAAAGCCAGUUAAAAUUUGGCGUAUUUUAAACAAAUGCUGCUGGAUAAUAUUGUAUCGAAAAGGCCAGCAGGCAAUCAAUCGAUGUUUAUUUUGUCACGCAGUAAGUCCCGUUUAGCAAUUUAUCCCGUUAGUUUGCAAGGGAGAUCCCCCGUGCAUCACAACAAUAACAUAAACAUCAACCCGAUGUUAAUGUGGCUACAAGGCUAAUGCGACUAAAACGUAUUUGUUUUAAUUGUGCCAACAUUGAUCAGAGAGUCUGUUUUCACAAUAAAUAUUGAUGUUGGAUAUCCCUUCGUGACAGGUUGAAGAAGAUGGCCUCUACCGACAAACCCGCAACGCAAUUUCAUACAAUUCGGAAAACUCCACCGAAGAGCAACGACUUUUGCUGCUGACGUGACAACCGCGUGCCCUUGGCAAAAACACUAAACUAAAACUUUGAGAUAAAUGAAUAUUCAUCACGUGGCCAGAUUCGGCACAGCUUCCAUAUUUGCGCGUCUGAAAUGGAGAGUGCGACGUGAUGCCUCCUCCCCCAGUCGUGUUGUUUCUGCCUUCCUCACUGCACGAGCUGUGGCACUGCUGCACGUGAUUAGAAUGUUGGCGAAGAAUUCCCCCGGAUAGAUACAUUUUUUUUGGCAUCGUACGUUUAAAAAAAAAAAGAAUCUCCAAUAAUCCGCAGAGUUGCGUCGUCGCCCGAGUCAGCCCGUCGAGGUUUGAUGGCAAUGCGUGCGACAAUAACAACAAAAAAAACCGGUGUUGAGAUAGCAAAAAAAAAAUCACGAUAGGGAGUCCCAGCAUGCUUUGCAUGUCAAGGUGACAUCUCGAUGACAAUGAUGACGAUGAUGCCUUGACAUGAAACGCAAGCGUGGGGUUCCUGCCUAAAUACACACAUGUGCAUAUAUUAUCACAAAUUUCAGCUUGCACGCAUACGCAUAUAUAUAUAUAUUUCCCCCUCUGGCUGAUGGUGUUUUCUCUGGCACACCGGGUAAGUCUUUAAAUGUGCAGUCAACAGCAGCAACAGAGACGACGAAAGUGGAGCCAGAACGAUGCCUUUUUUCUCUCUCGCCACUGUUCGUGCCAUCGGGCGUGCAUUGCAGUGUCGCGUUAUGUAAGCCAGUCGAUUGAGAUCCAUAACACGAGGAGUGAAACGAAUUCUGCUCUUCAUAUUUAGUACGCGCUCUGUCGCUCUCUAAACAGAAGAUGAUACUUCAUUAUUUCACCAUUGGCUGCGGUCGUGAUAUGUACAGAAUAUUUAAAUAGUGUACAUAAAGCAAAGCAGAUCUAUACCUUCGGUUUGUAGGAUUACACGCUUUUAAUUGAUAGUUUUCCUUUUUUGGACUAUUGUUUAAGAGUUAAAAUUCCUACAGUGUUAUGACACAACUUGCUGGGAGUAUAUAUAAUUUUUGGUGAUUGGUAUGCUUGUUCUUGAUGCUUUGCGUUAUAUAUUUUUUACUCGGUUUUAAUUAUUUGUCUAUAUGUACGGGGGGGGGGGACACAAGCUACGUUUGCACCUGCUCGUUAAGUUAUGGUGAUGGAUCUGUACAUAACUAAAUACUGUAUUAAAGUGUGGGGCCUUACACCGGA